AUGGAUUUUUGGCCAGAAUUUCUUGCGAGCAGUUCGGGUAGAGAGUUUGUAGCAGGAGGCUUUGGAGGCACUGCUGGUAUAAUCUCUGGAUACCCAUUGGACACACUACGCAUCCUGCAACAGAGCUCUAAAACUGGCUCUGCCUCCACAAUCCUCAGAAAUGUGGUGGCCAAGGAAGGACCAUCUGCUCUCUACCGGGGCAUGGGUGCUCCUUUGGCCUCUGUUACCUUUCAGAACGCCAUGGUUUUCCAAAUUUAUGCAGUUCUUUCAAGGGCAUUUAGCACCCCGUCCGUUUCUGCUAGUGACCCUCCUUCCUUAAAGGGUGUUGCUUUAGGAGGAAUUUGUACCGGUGCUGUGCAAAGUACAUUGCUAUCCCCUGUUGAGUUGAUUAAAAUUCGCCUUCAGCUGCAGAACACAGGUCAAUUGACAGAUACCCAAAAAGGUCCUGUAAUGAUCGCUAAGAACAUAUGGAAAAUGGAGGGCAUUCGUGGCAUUUAUCGAGGAUUUGGCAUCACUAUGCUCAGAGAUGCACCUGCACAUGGCUUCUACUUUUGGACAUAUGAAUACACGAGGGAAAUACUUCACCCAGGUUGUAGAAAAAGUUGUCAAGAAAGCUUGAAUACUAUGUUAAUAGCAGGAGGAUUAGCUGGGGUUGUGAGUUGGGUUUUUAGCUACCCUUUAGACGUUAUAAAGACAAGAUUGCAGGCUCAGACACCUUCUUCAUUGAAAUACAAAGGCAUUUUGGAUUGCCUAAGAAAGAGCAUUAAACAAGAAGGAUACGUUGUGCUGUGGCGGGGUUUAGGAACUGCAUUAGCUAGAGCAUUUGUGGUGAAUGGUGCUGUUUUUUCUUCUUAUGAGAUCACUCUAAGGUAUCUGUUUAACAACUGA